AGUCCUCAGCUGUUCUGCGCAUGCGCGUUGACAGAACCUCCAUUUUGCAGUGGGCUUGCUAGCAAUCCGGUACCACUCAAGGAAUUGAAUCAGUCAACAAAGUGCAAAAAGGAAUUAUUCUACGCUGAGGUGACGCUUCCACAAUCAUAACGAUGGCUGACCCAGCAGCAGACAUGGAGGUCCUGGAGGGCGCAGAGGUCCGCAAACUGUCUGAGCUGAGGGUGAUUGACCUGAAGGCCGAGCUAAAGAAACGAAACCUGGACACGACGGGCGUCAAGAGCGUGCUAUCAGAGCGGCUGAAAAAGGUGAUUUAACUUUUUCUAUCGUUGUGUAACUCAGCUCAGCAUUUUGAUAAAUGCAGCUCGUAUGGAUGCAUGUAAGUGUGUUAUAUUUGGCCUGUUAGAGCUACCCGCCUAAGGCCUGCCAGUACAGAGCAGCAUUAGCACAAGGCCCGUCCACUCAUUGGAAACUACAGUUAGCUGGUGUUGCAGGGCUCGACAGUGCUAAUGUUUAACUCACAUUUGCGACUAAAUAUAGAUGUGUGCGAAUUGUGAAAUGUAUUUAGGGGCACACGUGCGCACAAAAAGAACCAGAACAACUGUUAUUUCAUGUAAAUACCGCGUUGAAGUUAGUUUUAGGUUGGAUAUCCGAUGGCCAUUCACUGCGUAUCUACCGGUGUCUUCUAACUCUACGUAACCAGGAAUAGUAAGAGCAGCGUGGUUACAUCCACACCGCGGUGAAGUCAGUUUUAGGUUCGAUAUCCGACGGACAUUCACUGCGUAUCUACCAUAGACUGUAUAUGCAGUAUAUACAGUAGUAUUUACAGUAUAUACAUACAUAUACACAAUAGUAUAUACAGUCUAUGGUGUCUACCGGUGUCUUCUCACUCUUUAUAACCGGGAAUAUCAACAGCAGUGCGGUUAAAUCUACUCUGCACCCUCGCCGUGAAUGUCGGGUGUUGAAUAAGGGACCAUCAAUAAAUUACCGGUUGAUAUUCUCAAAAAAGCGUGUUUCCUUCAAUAGAUUUCAUUACAUAUGACCAAUUGACCUAAAAUUGAUUUCAAAUAAUAGUAUUUAUGUCGACCAAUAAGACACACAUUAUCUUUCUUUGUGUGCUCCUUACUUUUUCAACUUGUGAAACAAAGUGUCAAGCCCCGUGUUACAUUUAUGUGUUGGAGAUUUUUACAUUUUUGACUUGAUUCAAUUUUAAGUUUUCCUGAUUUUUCAACUAUUUUUAUUUGUGUUAUUGAUCUUUAUUUAAAGGCAAUUGAGGACGAAGGUGGGGACCCUGAUGAGAUUAUCAUCACUACGGAGUUAAACCCUAAGAAAUCUACAACUAAACGGACUGUCAGAGGUAAAGUUGGCACAAGAUCGUGUGAAGUAGACACCUCGUGAACUCCAUGUGUAAAACUGUGAACUCCUGUGAACAUGGUUUACGCGACAGCAAAACUAUGCUGCACUGAGCCUCUGCUUAUGAAAUAACACACGAGCCUGAGUCUCGUGGCGUUUUAUGUGGCCUGCAGACACACAGCCUCUGUGUUAAACCACCUGCACCUGAUGGAGGUUAUAUUCCUUUUUCAUGUUGUGAACCACGUUGUAUUUAAACAGCCUGAAUAAAAUAGGAAUUAGUUGUAUCAAACAGUGUGAGUUGUUGCCAUGUGGCUCAUGUGUUACAAAAUACAGAAAUAAAAUCCUUUUUGAGAAUGUAAUGAAAAUGUUAGGGUCCAACAAUGUAACUUGUUUUCUUUUAUUUUCCAUUUACAAACAUAUGCAGUGUUAAUUUUAAAGUUUACACGAGUAAGAGUUUUUUAACCUUUCAAAACCAUGUAAAUGUUCCUAAAGUUAUUGCUGGCCAGUGUGGUCAGUUCACAGUCUGUGCAGCUGGACUUAAAGUUUAUAAAUAUUAUAGGAGUUAACUAUACACACAAAAUAGGAGUGAAUACCUCUGUCUAUGCCAGAAAAUAUUUAUAACAAAUUAUUAAUACAUACCAGGAGAAGUAUCUGUACCGGGAGAAUCCUUACACAAGAAUGGAGGAGGACAUGCAGGUGUUUAUUCAGUAACAGUCAUUCCUCAGAGUUAGACCAAUUGAAAGCAGCAUUAAAGGCUUGAGUUCUCCGCCUAAUUUUGAAGACCAAUCAUUAGCAUGUUAUCACAUCAGGCAGGGCAAAGUCUGGGUGUGGGCUGCAAGGUUUAAAUAACAGUGCAGGGAGGAGUCUGCCACGUACAUAUCCUGGACUGCAUUCAGAUCAUUCACCUCUUGUGAAAACUGACAACCGACAGUUUGCUUUGAAACCUGUCGCACUCGCAGAAAGACUUGGUCAAACCUGAAUCAUUUCUUUAUAGAUACAAAGCAAGAGACUGAUGAACCAGAGGACGGCACAAUGGAAGAGGAUUCCCGUGAUGGCCAUGUGAGUUCACCGUCAGAUUUCACUUCUGUCUGUAUUAUGGAGAACUGCUGUUACCAUGUGCCUGCUGAUUGAAAUUCUUAUUCAGUCAGAAGCUCAAGCUGCAGCUGAGCUUGCACCCCCUCUGAAUAUUUUUUCCUCAUGAAACUGUUAAGUGUAGUGUCACCUUAAAAAUCAGCCAAUUCUCUGUUAUCAGUUAUCAAUAGUUAUCAGUAACGGCACCUAAAGCUGAGACGGCUUUAAGUUUUUAGUCAGGUCUUUAAACCCUUGUAUCUGAUUGGUGCUUUUCUUAUAUUGAUAUAGGAACAACUUCUUUUGUUUGCUUUUGGAGCGACCGUUGAUCCAAUAUUUCCUUUUCUCUCUAGGAGGAGCAACAAGAUGAUCAUGAAAACAUGCAGGAAAUGGACAUCCUGGACAUGAACGUCCUUGACGAGACGGAAAAUGACAAUGGAAUACCAGCUGAGGAUGAGGAGGAGGAGGCAGAGAACUUAGAUGAAGACGCUUUGUUGAACGAAGAGCACGACAACAGGGGCUUUGAGUCUGAAGAUGAAGUGAAAGAUCCAGAGGUGAGAAUUUAGUCUGGUGAUGUUUCUUCCUGUUGAUCUUUUGCCGGUCUUUCUCUAAAUGUCUCUGUUUGUACUUUUUGAAUAGAUGGAUGAGCCUGAGAUGUUGGAAACGCGUGACUUUAUGACAGGCUUGUCGGGUGAUAUGGUAUGUUAUUUCAAGAAUGCUCAUGGUUUUAAAUCUUGAGUAAAACCCUAAUGUCGCAAGAGGACGAGUUCACUAAAUACUAUGCUUUUCUUUCAGCUGCAGGACCCAGAUGCCGAAGACGCCAAAGAAGAAACAGGUACUGUAGAAAAUGGGUUAAAAAAAAAAAAGAUGGAGACAUCUUUUUACAGUGUUGAGCUUGGAUUGCAGACACUUUGUUUAGCUUCCAUCAGGUGGAGAGACUGGAAGCCCAAAGGGAAUUGCUGGCUAUGUGUUGAAAUGAGGUUAACCACAAUUGAUAAGUCACUGGUAAAUGUAUGAAGUGUCCAGUUAUGCUCUUAAGUUGUUAAAAAACAGCAGUGGUUAACGAUUUGAUGCACAUCGACAGCAAUUACAUUUCCAGGUCAGGGAGGUGUGAGCUGUUGCUGGUGAUUGCAGUGUUUCUAGGUUGCCGCAUGAAGAUCAAGACAGAGAAGACUCGUCAAGAACUAUGAAAAGUUUUUAAAGACAUGGACUCAGCUGGAAAUCAAAUUUCUGGACUUCUGUACAUUACCUCUGGACUCUAGGAGCAUCAAAAGCUGCAAGAAGAUGAACAUCAGUGAGGAUGUCCCCGCUGCACCGCAGAUCUUGUGGCUCUCUUCAGAACUUUGAACUCUUUGUCUGCUUGGGAUCAGGUGAACAGUGGUUCAACUUGAGAUAUGAGCCAAAGUAGCUAAGUUGUCUAUUAGCCUUUUGGGUUCUUUUCCAGUCUCUCCUUAGGGUCUACUUCAUCAUUUUAAUACGUAGAUCUAAAACACAGGCCAGUGGUCAUGACGUUCCUAAUCCAGGCCUUGCCAGUUCCUCGUUAACCAUGACUGUGUUUCAGAAGUGAUUAAACUCUGUGCCAUUCUAUUCCUGUUAAAUCCGUAGAAAAUGACAAAGUAGCCGGGUCUUGUUUAUCUGAGCCGCUUAACGAAGAUCAGCACCAGAGCCACGAGACGAGCCAUGAAGAAGAGCAAGCUGCCACCACAGCCUCAGGGGAAGAAAAUGUGUCCGACACCGGCUCCAAGUCCGACAAGGCUGCCCCUGGAGACGUGGAGAGCGACAGGGAUGUUGUAGAGACUGACGCCAAAGAGGUUGGGGACGCGCAGACGGUCCCCGAAGUGACAUUUGACUCUGAGAACAAAAGCUUGCAGGCUGUUAGUGUAAGCGAACAGGGCACUGUGGGGGAUGAAACUGUUGGUUCAGAAAUGGGGUCUAAGGGUGAGGAGGAUGAGAAGACAGAAGAGAAAGCUGCUGCGGAUGCAACUUCGACUGUGAAAGAGUCCUCUUCUGUAGAGGGCGAUGAUCAGAAAAAGAGGUUUGUUGCUUUCUGUCUACUAGAAACCAAAAUGGCUAUCUCUGUUGCAUUGGCUCCUUUGUGCUAGAAAAAAUUGGAUGCUCUUUUGGAGGUAAAUACGUUCUGUGCAUUUGUGUGUUUCAUUUGUCGUUCUCUACACCCACCUGUCCCACUUGAUUACCCAUUAACAAGUAAUGCAUUGGGAUUUCGAGAGGGCACAAAUUCAUUAAUCACCGUUAAACCACUGCACUAUGGUACAUUAUGGGCGGAUCACUGUCAGAGUUGUGUUAUACCAUAAAUAACGAUUAUAUACACCUUCAUCAGUUAUUCUCACAGCUGCAUGUUUAUAGCGUGUAUUUCUUUUUCUCUAGCUCUGAGGAAAACGAUGGCAAGACCGAGUCUAAAGAUGAAAAGAGUGAGUUCAUGUUAUUUUUCCAAACGCCUCAGUGUUAAAAUUGAGUGGAUAAAUGCUCAUUAGUAAGUUCUGUAUCAAUUUGCAGCAGCUGGAGGUGGUGCUGCAGCAAGCAGUAGCAGGAACCUGUGGGUCAGUGGUCUCUCCUCCACAACCAGAGCGACUGAUUUGAAGACCCUAUUCAGCAAAUAUGGCAAGGUCAGUCUGCGUUGAUGAUCCCUUGCCAUUUUCAUAGUGCCAAGGAUGUGCAAGUGUGAGAAUUUCACACUUGUCUCAUGUCUUCCUGCAGGUUGUUGGAGCUAAGGUGGUGACAAACGCCAAGAGCCCUGGGGCUCGCUGCUACGGCUUUGUCACCAUGUCCUCCACAGAAGAGGCAACCAAGUGCAUCAGCCACCUCCACAGGACUGAGCUGCAUGGCAGGAUGAUCUCUGUGGAGCGGGUGAGGGUCGGGGGGGGCUUUUGACUUCACUUGGUUUCUCAAGGGUUGCGUGAACUGGAGGAGCUUUGGGCUAGUAAACUCAUGCUGGAGGUCACUCUAAAGCAGAAACACACCUGAUUCAAAGAUCAGCUCGUUAUUAAGCCAUUACAGAGCUUGAUAACGAGUUUAUCAUUUGAAUCAGGUGUGUUGGAGCAGGGAAACAUCCAAAACAUGCAGGACAGGGGGCCUCGAGGACUUGAUUGAGAACCAGUGCUCUAAAGAGAUCUGAAUGAAAAGUUAUCAGCCUGCUUCUAACAUAUUUUGAGACAGAAAAACUUGGUAGCUUUGUAGUUUCACCGUCUAAUAUGGUCACCGUGGAACCGUAUCUUUCAUUUACCUUUUUGAAUAAACUUGUUUCUAUCUAAACAUUGCAGGCAAAAAAUGAGCCUGUGGGGAAGAAGCCAGCUGACAAAAACGAAGCCAAGAAAUCUGGUGGUGACAGGAGACACUCUUCGGACUCCAAGUAAGACUGCUUACAAGUCCCUUACCACUCUGGCCCAGUAUUUUGGUCUGGUUUGUUUUGAAAUACCAUGGGUGAAUUCUUUUUUUUUUCUUAUAUCAUGGCAUGUACAAAUGAUAAACUAACUAGCAGUUGAGCCCCUGAUUUAAAAAACUCAAGACUAAAGUAGCCAUCAAGUUUAUAAGAAGGGAAGUAUGAAGUAUUUUUAAGUUCAUAUAGUCAUUAACCUAUUUCAUAUUUCUUUAUAGAUCUGAUGGAAAGGAUGAGAAGUCUGAGGGAGAAGGAAAAGAUGGAAAAGGUGAUUUCAGUGUUAUGAUUUCCUGCUUUGACAGUCAAAUACAAUUUUGAAGAAACACUUUUUUUCCCCCCUUUUUGAUCAAUCAAUUUAUGUUUGACAGGACGAAAUGAGAGGACUGUAGUUAUGGACAAGUCUAAAGGAGAGCCUGUCAUCAGUGUCAAGACCAAAAGCAAGGAAAGGGUGAGUUAACCGCUGUUUGUACACUGGAAAGCUGCACUCAAAUAUGAUUGUCCCCCCCCACAAACAGUGAUUGUUAUCGAAAUUAUCUGACCUCCAGGCACUUUUGCUUUGUGUUUCUUUGUCUUCAGAGCACAAAGAGUCGGGACCGCAAGUCACCCAGUAAGGAGAAGAAAGAUAUCCUAUCAUUUGACCAGAUCAAGGAGCAGAGAGAGCGAGAGAGGCAGAGACAACGAGAGAGGGAGAUCAGAGAGGUGGAGAGACGCAGAGUGACGUAAGGAUUACACACGGAGGACUUGAUACUACACUCUGAGUUAAAAGAUAAUCCUUGAAUGGUUUGAUUGUUUUAGUCAUGUACUUUAUAUCUUAAAGCCCACCACUACUUUCUGAUUCAAUCUUUUAACUUUUCCUCUAAAUACCGCAUAUUUGUAGCAGGGAGUUAUAACUUUGUUUUCUUCUCUCUUUUAGAGACCGGGAUCGCGACAACCGCCCAGACCGAGAGCGGGAGCGAAUCCGUCUGUUCCGGGAGAGAGAGGAGAGAAACCACCUGAUGAGGAAAAGACACUGGCUGGAGGUAACAUCAGAUAACCUUAAUGUAAGAAGAUCAGUCUUUUCUCUCUCACUGUGUUGCUUUCAGUGUUUGCACUUUUUGAAGACUGACAUAAAAGAAAUAGACGCCAAUAUUCAUUUGAAGAAUUUAAUGAAAUUCUUAUUAGUCAAAUUUUUGUCUUUUGCAUGUGACCUCACAAUACUUAAACGUAUCAUCUUGUCCACACAUUUCCUGCCAUAACCUACAUAUUCAAUCAUGAGAAACCUCUUAUUUAGCUUUGGGGUGAAGCAACAGGCAAAGAAAGGGUUCCUGCAGCUCUGCCUUGUUUGCUAAAAAAAAACAUUAAGUGGGGGUGGAUCACAGCCAUACAUUGGAAGAUUUGGCAGCCAUUACUGUUGACUUAUUAGUCACUAAUUUUGUUUGCUUAAUGGAGUUGUCAUCUGCUUAAGUCACAAGAUUCGUCGCACAUCACUAACAGCAAUUAAUAGCAAUUCUGAAGUCUCAUCUCAGGGUUGGAUUUUCUCCCUGAAGCUGUCGUGGUGAAUCUUGUGACUGAGGUAGACAACCGCAUGCUGUCAGGUAAACAUAAAAACGGCUGGGACCAGUAGGGCAGGCGUUCCAGUCUUCAGAGGUUUCUCUACAUACAUCCUUUUUGAGCACCCUGAAAGUGACUCGGCUCAUUUAGCAGAGUCCCUCACGUGUGCGAGUGUAGUCAUAGUAGGCAAGUGACUGCAGCUGGUCAAUUGGUUGAACUUCUGAUAGGCAGCCUUAUUCUCUAAUUAUUCUCCACUAUGACUUUUUGUUCCCUCGUAGGCUGAAAAGCAGCGGCUGGAGGCAGACCGGAUGGAGCGUCAGUUCCUGGAGCGGGAAAGGAUGCGUAUUGAGUACGAGAGGCGGCGCGAGCAAGAGAGGAUCCUCAGGGAGCGGGAGGAGCUGCGACGGCAGCAGGAGCAGCUGCGUUACGAGCAAGAGCGGAGGCCUGUGAAGAGGCCUUAUGACAUGGAGGGCAGGUAAAUAACAGAAACGGCAAAUGUACUUGUUUUGUUGCAGGGACCCGCUCAGUUGUGUUGUGUAUAAUUCUUAGACUCGCAGCAUUAAACUUAGAAUGAAACUGAGUGCUGCAGCAAUUUUUUUUAUCAGGUCAGUACAGAGCCGCUCACUGGACAAACUUAACUCUGGACAUUGUCUUUGCUUCUUCUUUUUUAAUUUUAUUUUUUUUAGGAAGGAUGACUGGCCUGAGAAGCGCAUGACCAUGGAUGACCGUUAUGGCCGCUCAGACUUCAACCGUCAGGAUCGGUAUCAGGACUUUGACCACAGGGACAGAGGUCGUUACCAAGACAAUAUGAUGAUGGACAGACGUGACAGUGCUCGGGGUAUUGGUGCGGACAGAGAUGGCCAGGUAAGACUCUGAGUAACUCUUGAGUCCGAAAGUGACAAAAACAUCCUUCAACAAAGCAUGAAAAUAUUUAUUCACAAAUUAAGAUUAUUGUCAGGACAUUUGACAUAUUGACAUUAUCUAAAGUCAGGAGAAUAACUUCUCUCACUCUGAGCAUAAGUGCACCUCUAUAAAAUGUAACAAAGACCAUCGAAAGAUUGACUAUUACAGCCCACACCUUUCUGAGGAUGAGGGUGUGAGAGAUUAACUCUUCUGUGACUCCUCUUGCAGCACUUUUCGGACCGUUCAGACCGACAUGGUAGAGAGGGUCGAGAGUCCUGGAGUGGAGGAUAUGACAAACGCAUGAAUCCCAGGUGAGUUUUACACUGAGCUGGACUGACGUUGGUCAAACAUUUUCCCUGAAAACUGGAACGUGCGAAAAAACAUGUUUGUCUUUUUAGGGAAGGAAGUCGAGACUGGGACUCCAAUCGAAAGGUGGAUGGAGACAGAUCAUGGCAAAGUAUGUGCAAGGAUUGUUUUAGAAAUACCAUGAUGUACAUUUUAAAGUCAUGGACUCUAUGAAAAACUGUACCCACACCCACAGUGGUCUAAUGUUGACAUUCUUGUUCCAGAUAGAGAUGGUGCCAUCCCAGGCCAGAGCCACAUGGCGCGUGGAGGGAUGACAGGGUGAGGACUGAGUAUCUGGGAUUUAAAGCGACUUUACUUCAUUUAUAAUUUAGGCCAUUUCAAGAUGCAGGCAGUCUUUGUAAUCAAUAGUUGUGUGUCUUUUUCAUCAGAAGCCGUGGGGGCUACAUGAACACAGGAACGUCUCAGUCCCUCUCCGGAGCUCUGAACAGACAGAACCAGCUGAUGCAGGGCAGCGGGCUGCAGGGUGGAGCUUUUGGUCGACGUUACUGAAGUCUUGAAGAUAUGAGUGGAACCCUUUGAGGAGGUCACGUCACUCAGACUGUGACCAUCUUGCUCUUGUACAUGUUUUUAAUUGGAUAUUCCUUUUUUGACACAACUCCAAUGGAUUUUGAUGAAGACCUUUUUAUUUUUAAGUUGCCUACAUUUUUUUUUCUUUUUGUGUGUGUGUGUAUGUGUGCUUUCAUAGUGAUUCCCCUUCCUUGUAUUUCGCAUUUGGUCAUAUCUGCAGUGUUUGAAUAGCACAUCCAUCCCUGCAUCCGAAAAUGUAUUUUACACAGCUCUAUGUUGUAUGGAGGAGAGUCAUUUACGACUCUGAUAUCGAACUUCACAUGUUUUUAGAUGCCUGGGUUAAUGGACCUAACCUUUCCAGUCUUCCCAGUUUGUGUCUGAAAUGUAUUGCAGGAUUUUCCAUUCUCGUCAGACAAGUUUUCGUCUAAAUAAAUUUGUUCAAGAUUCAAACUGGUUUUGGAUGUUUUCUUUUAUAAUUCGAUGGUUGGUACAGUUGUGCUGCUAUGGAAAAGGUUCUUAAGCUUGAUGUCACAUUCUGGUAAACCAUUUUAUUUUUACUUUGUCAAUCUGCGUUCUGUACAUAAUAUUGGAUUUGUGUGAUCAAUGAAUUAUAGUAAUAAAUCCUCCUGAAUUAUGUUUGUGUUCAGAAUUCUUUGACUCUGAUCAAAUCUGUGAUUUUAUACUCCAUAUUAUUCCCAUCCCAAGUUUCUUUGACUCAUAUUUUGUUCAUGUUUUUGACACUGGGAUAUGAUUUAUUAUAGAGAACCUGUCUUGCUGGGGUCAUUUUUUUUUUCAUCUGAAAAAUUAAGAUAUUUUAGAGUCUCUGUGGUGGUCAAGUACAAAUACCGUAAUCAUUAAAAGCCAUGAUGAACAUUAAAUCAUUUGAGAUGCUCAUAUUAAACAAAAGAAUAGUCAUCAUAGAUUUAACAUUUAAAUUCCAACUGAGUCUUAAAAUGAAGAGUCAAAUUUGAAGAUGCUUGACUUAUCAGUGAUGCUAUGUUUAAUUUCUGUCUGUACAUCCAUGCAAACUGUUCAUGUUCUUGGGACGCAUAAAUCUUUUUCAUUGAAACAGGAAAUGACCCUGAGUGAAUGAUGGCAUACUGACCUUUGUACAUUACACUAAUUUAGAGCAUAAGUGCCAAAACAGUCACUGUGUUGAUUUAGAUGUGAUUCACUUCCACACUUUUACUUCCCUGAUCCUCAUCUAUUACAGGCUUUAAGUUCCUUUUCUCUGUAAAUAAACUUCCUCUGUUUCCACAGGGACUUUCCUCCUCCGACAAAUUGCAGCUCAUUUGGGUGAAAGCGAUGAAUCAUCAUAUGAACCCAAAACAGGGGCAGUACCAGUGAACUAUAUGAUGAGCAAUUGAAUAUUUCUUCAUCAACUUGGAGUUUCACUGAACAGAAGUUUGAGCUUUUGGAGUAACUUUCUUUCCCCCUGCAUUUACUACCAGCCCAGACCUCAGAAUAGACUUUUACACAUUUCUUACACACUUCUCUUGUAUUUUCCUCCAAUAAUGGUGCACAGCUUUUAGCCACUGACUUAUAGAUUCUGUGGUAACACAGGGGGAGUUACUCUUGAACAUGUAAGUGAAAGGGAACAAGAUCAGGGUUAAGGUGAAGGUAAAACUAUGAAUGUGAAAAAUAUAAAUAUGCAACGAUAAAACUGUGGGUAGAGAAAUCUUGAAACCUGCAUGUAAAAAGUGUAAAACAACAUCAUAUUUAAAUGUAGCUUUACCUAAGAUGCCUGUAACUUUCAAGGAAGGAUUUAGGUCUGCAUGUUAACUACAGAUAUUUACAUUUUAUGCAUUAUUAUAUAUGUUAUUAUAUGUGUCUGUGCUUUUACAAAGAUCUUGCAACAGUACAAAGUACCUCUAGAGUUUAUAAUCAGUACAAUUUCCUGCAUUUUUACCUAAUACCCACUAGAGGGGGUAACGCAACCACAUAUAGAGGGCAGAACAAUUGCUGUGUCUUGAGUGUUGGAAAUUAUGCAGACUGAGAAACAAUGAGAACAUUUUUAAAAUUGACUUCAACACCAACAUAAACAAUGUAGUGAAGAACUUAAGAGCUCUAGGUUUUUGCUGUAAUUGUCUCCACAUCUUUCAUAUAUUUCAGGCGUUAACCAGGACAUGACAAAUAUUUCACUCACUGAGGACGGAUGAAAAGGGCACAGAGGACAUGACUUCUUUGAGAGGGAAAAAGGUCAUGUGCAAGUAUCCCUACAGCUGAUUCACCUCCUUUUCUCCCAUUGCCCGAAAUGACCACCAGAAAAAGUUCACCAGAUGUAAAAUGAACAGCUUGAAUCAGUGUGACCACUGAGGGAAGAAGAGCACAUGGGGUGUUAACAGGAAAGAGGGUCUCACUUCAAGUCGAGACACACGUUCAAAGGAAGAAACAUAUACACUCGAGCACACACUUUAAGGAUUGUGUAGAGGGAGUGCACACACUCAAACACACGCAGACAUCAGUGAUCCUUAGUGUUGCCCCUUGCUGUGCAACACCAUUUACCCAGAUUCCUGGCCUCUGUUUAUUUGCUCUCAUGUCUGCUCUGAUGAAUUGUCUCAGUGCACUGCCCUCUGAGUUUUGUUUUUGCUUCUGUGUCUUUCUCCUCUUUUCUCAGCCUCUCUAUAUUGAUAUCCAAAUAUUACUAAAGCACAGCAGACAUUGUUCUUUUAACUGUUUCCUCAUUUCAAAACUUUAUGGAUGAGAAAAGCUGAGAAGGUGCCAGAGCCCUACCUGUGAACAGCACGUGAGAAAUGUAUAAAGAUCAUGGAGUUCACAUCAUAUCACACAGCAGGUUGUUGGUGCCAUGUUUCGGGGCUUGUAAUGAUUGACAUCUGUGGGUUAUCAUGCAUGUGAAUGUGAGGUGCUGCAGCAGGGGAGCUGAGGUGGAGUCCCAAUGUUUUAGUGGCAUGUUUAUAUUUGUUCUCUCAUGUGCAUGUGCUUCUCUGCAAGUCUCUGGACUUGAGUCCACCUUAGGCCUAAUGUGAGGGGAUCCACCAAAAGUUUCCUUCAACAGCUGAGGGAAAACAAAGCUGAGAAAACAUCCUUGUUAUGUUUUCAGAAAAGUUAGAGUCUGACCCACAGGGAGGAGAAAAAUGAAGACAUCUAGGUUGAUAUGAAGUUAAACACCCUUUAAAAUACUUUCUUGAAUUGAUUCUGCCAUCAAAUGUGAAAUGAGAAUAUCUUCAUCAAAUGCUGUUGACACAAUCAUGUAAACCUUUAGUGAUUUAAAACUGGUAACACAGGAUGAUCAAUAUGAAACACCAACAUCAAACUAAAGGAAAGUGCCAUAACAUUGUCAGACUUGAAAUCCUACCUGUUGUCAAAACCUGCUGCCUACACUACCCAUAAUCCAAUCUUACUUCUGACAGAUUUUGGGUGUCCCAUACUAGUAGCAGGUAAUGUUCCUCCUUUAUUGAUUUAAACUGCACGUCUGAAGCCACAGCAGACAGAGUCCAGUGACAACAGAGGCCUACAAGGAUUUUUGUAACUUUUUACUCCAUUAACAGUAGUGCUAAACAAAACCCUUCAACAUUAAAUCUAAGAAAUACCCCAUUAAAUCCUCAUUUGUAUUUUUGUCAGAGAUUCUGCCAUCAAGACUGCCAUAGAGAAAGUGUUUUUCAAUCUUUCUGAGAGGUUUUGAAUAGACUUUUCUAAUCUGCCCAAGCCGUCUUUCCUCAGAGUUUAAAAGGGAUUCAGGUCAAACCUCAGACUGAAGUUUGUAAGCAGCAACAGAACAACCGAGACAAUUUGGAAAAUCUGUCAUCUGUUGAUGUUUGCAGCCAGAGCUCCAGUCCAGGUCCUCACAAACCGUCAUGUUGAACAUCCAGACUUCAUGCCGGGCAACAGUAAGAGACAAAUGAUGUAAGCAAAGUUCCCUUACUGCCAGAGACAUCGAGCUCAGAGACUGAGGACAGGCCAAAACUUGAGUCAAGCUGGGUCGCCACAGUCCAAACCUCAUCAUGGAGAGAAACAAGUGGAAAGUCAGACAAAGUUACUCUUCUGUCACCCAAGGCUGUAAGAAGGAGAUGCUAAACAGUAAGAGCAAACGCUGACCAAAUACUUUCCAGUUUUUGACCUAAAAAUAAUCCUUUACAAUCCCUGCAGACUGAAGUCUUUAUAGGUGUGGUUGCAAAGGGAACAAAACUCCUGACUUAAUUAAAAGCCCCGUAAAUAGGUCUAAUAAAAAAAGACCUGAAUGUAACAAAACAGUACAAGUUUAAAUGUUUAUUAGGUAAGAAAACCUUUUAAAAUAUUCUUAUUUAAAAGUCAAGACAACAGUGAGAUGACCUACGCACUGUCUUAGCCUCUGGCUCCCACCCCAGUCCAGACACUUGUACUCUCUGCGGCCUUUGAAAUCAAACAGUUAUGAAACCUCCACUUUCUCCUGACUCAACAUCAGUCAGUUGAGAAAGUCCUCUUUGACCAGAUUGCUGCUGACCACGGCAUGUACAGCGAGAAUCUCCUUAGCCUGACCAGCUGUCUUUAUGCUCUGACUACUCAUUCACUCAGUCUCUGGUCCGCUGCAUUCCUUCCAUAUCAUCCAUAUAAAACCCGAGUUUAUGUAAUGUAUGAAAAAACUGAAGGGAACUCAAUCUCAGCCUACACACAUAAACAUGUGUGCUGUCUGUCUUGCGCUGCAUAUAUCGCUGCAUAUAUUUGUGUUAAUAUCCCUGUUGGGACUUUGUGUGGACUUGUAUUAAUCCAUGACUAAUGUGUGUGAGCGUUUCUGUGCUGGACGCAGAAUGUAAAGGACUGUGGGAGCACUGUGGGAGCUGACUCACGAAGGACAUGCAACGACAGAUGCACAGCUGCUGACCCACAUGUUUGUGUAAGUGUAAAUUAAUGCUGUAUGUAAGUUACUACUUAUUGUUCUAAUGGGACUGUUUCCUCUCAGGGUCUGUCUAUGUGGCCCAAGAAUUCAUAUAUUCUUUUAGGAGUAAUUUGAGCGUCAUUUUUGGGCUUUUAUUUUAUGAAGUCGAGGAGAGGCCUGUAAUAUUUUGGAAAAGAGGUUGGGGGGUCAUGACAUGCAGCAGAGAACUAAACUAGGACUUGGACUUGCAACCACUGUGUCAAGGACUCUAACCUCCAAGCUAAAGCAGUGACUUUGUUUCAUUUCUAACAGUGUACCAUGCAAAGUUGGUGUUUUUGCCUUACUGUGUGAACAUUUAUCCCUCUUGUACUCCAGAAACAUCAGAUUUUGUUGAUAAUCUGUUAACAUAGCCCUCUAAUGCCUGAAACCACAAAUUAUGGCCAGAAAAUUCAAAUUUUUUUGGAGUUGAAAUGUUUAUUUCACUUCCUGCUGAAAACCAAAGAAAUCAAAAUGUCCUUAAAAUUUAACAAAUAUAUAAAUUUAUCUCCUUUUGUACAUUAGAUGUUUUUGGAAACUGAUAAACCACAAGAAGACAUUUUUAUCAUUAUUGGACUGUAUUCAGGUGUUUGAUAGAAGUGUAUAAAAGUGUGUAUCAUAUAUGAUACAAAGGCCAUUAAAGGGAUAGUCUCUCCUAAACUUCUGCGUUGACUGUUCCUGUUUUCCUCAAAAGCGGUAAGAUUCCCUCCCGUUGUCUUCUAGAUUUACUUACUGGAAUGAAGGCUGGAAGGUUCAUGAAAGGGGCAGCCACAGUUUGGAUACAAACAAGAAACCUGCUCGGUGUAUGUUACUCAUAAACACCCAAAUGAGUUUAUGCCAACAAAUGCACAUUAACCCAUACACUUGCACGCUGCUCAUGCAUCAUUGAGUUUCCUUGUUACACUGCCCGCACAAGCAACAGCACAACCUUUUCAUGUCAACCUUGAAUAGAAGCAUAAAAUACCGGCUUCCUCACACACACUCAACUCUCUCUCGAGAGAGAGUCUUUCUGCGGUCUUUUACAACUUCACUGUUUCUUUACCAGGAGACUCAUAAAGACCAAUCUCCUCGCGGGGAGCUUUUCUUCCUUUCAACUAAUCUUUCCCCUCGUCUAAUGGAUUACUGAAUGGGCGAUUAAAGCCUUCUGCUGUUGACUAAUGAGCGCACUUUCUGUGGCUUUAGUACCACAAGUGAAAUGAACCUUACUGUAGUGAUGGAGAAACUGUGAUUCAUUACUUUUUUUUCUCGUCCUUAUUUGACAUUUUUUUUAAACCCUCCAGCUGGCUUGAAGGUCUCUGCAGAAAUUCUUGAAGGUCUUUCCAUGAUGUGUCUGGAGAGCAAUGGCAUUGAAAGAAAAUGGAAACAGAGAUAACAAAGAACACAACGUGAAGAGUGUGAAAGGAAAACAAUGAGAGGAUGGCCUUGUAUAAGCAGGAAUGAGCAGGGAAUAUAGUUUGAUAAAGGAGAGCAGCUUGAGAUCAGGAUCGAGCUUCAGCUCCAGGGAACAGACUCAGUAAAAGUGAGAAUCAGCUGCUACUUCUUCUGUUUCUGGCUGUGGAUCAAACAGCCCGUGCAGUGUGAAGCUACAUACCGUACACACAUGGUGUAAUCUGCCUGAAACACUGGGCGGCCCAGUGAAAUUGGGGCUGCAUUGCCCCCUGAAACCAAACCCUUUUUUUCUGCUUUGCUUCUCAGUGAGUCAUCAGAGUAGAUGUUUAGUUGGGGAUUUUUGUUUGUGCAUGACUGUUUACAUCGCACUUUCAGAGAAUUUAAGAGACUGCAAGAUGUUAUUUUGGGGUUUUGAGUUGCACCUGUGUCAAUUCAAUCUGCCAGUUCUAGAAAAAAAGAAAUCAGAUGUUCUCUAUUUAUAUUAAUUUAACGAUUUGCAAUCAUUUUUGAUAAACCAGCACCUAAAACAUCUGUUGGAGUUUGCGCAGCUCAGUACCGCUCUGCAGGCUCCAGCAGACGUAAUCCGUCAGUUGUGUGAACAGAGGAAUGUGAAACAAAUGUGCAGCCUUUUAAGUUUGCAAUGGUCCACAAAAAAAAAAAAAGAAAAAAAAGAAAAAAAGGGAAGAAAGAGAAGAAGCAAUUGGAAAGUGAAGGAAUUCCUUCCCAGCAGGAAAUAAACGUUCUCUCUGCAGUGAUCUUUUAAUUUCCUCAGCGGGCCUCAAGAGUCAUAUCCAAACAAAAUGCAUCUGAGAGAGAGUGAAAAACAUGAGAGUGUAACCUGUCAGAUCUGUCCACAGGCCAAACACCACAAACACUCUGUUUUCCCAAUAGUUUAAAAGGCCAGUCAUCACUUUACUUAUCAUCACCUCUUCCUGAUAAAUACACCACAUGUAGCCUGUUCUGUACCAUUAAAGGGAUGCCACAAUUAUUCUGAAGAUAUUUGGGUGUGACUCCAACAUGAUACAACAUCUCAGCCCUGUUGUUUAUCUCUGUGUUUCCGUCUCUUGGUUCAAAUACAGCAACUGUUGUGAGCACAGAGAUUAAGGAUAGGAUAAGAGCCUCGGGGCGAGGCGUUGCUCCUCUCCCUAAUCACCGGGUUGGUCCUUCUGGUCACCCAUAAGCAUCACCUUCUUAACAAUCACUGCACUCACACACAUCCAUACACAGACGUUUAAACAUAAACACACAUGCAUACAUGAUAGAAACGAGCUAUAUUUGGAAACGAUAAAUAUAGAGCAGCAAUGCAUGAGCACAGACGUUUGGUAGUGCAUUUAACAUAUGACACACGCCAAGUGAAGAAAAAUCUGUUUUUUAACACAGAGUGACAAAGUCUGUGGGUAAACAUGACAAACUGGUUUAUUGAGUGUGGCUAAUGUGAGCGGAUAUUGCACCACCAGCCUUCAGCCCUUCUUGCAGGUUCAUGUCCACAUGCCUAUGCUGGUUAUGUAUUUCUCCAGUUCGGUUGUCAUAUGCCUGAUGCAGUCACUUGACUAUAUCUGCACUACAAGAUGCCAUCUGUCAUCUGUGCCCUUUUACAUCCAGUUUACAGGGCAUCAUAGCAGUAACAGUCAGACCAGAGCAAUAGCCUCAGCCACCUUAGAUACAACAUGACCAGCCAAUCUGGGUCUACAACAGGAGAAAUAUAUGUAUUAAAUGUAAAUAUAUUUAUGUAUAUGGUUCUUACUGCUGUGACAACAAAUAAGUCUGAAUUUUUUCUCAACCUGAUCUCAACUCUCUUUAGAGGGUCUAUAUUUUCCCACUUUUGUCCAAAUUCACCAAUCAUUUCCUAAAACAGGAAUCACCAAUGACCCUAUGAGCUAAUGUCAACAGAGCAUCAGCGAUAAAUCAAAAUCUUUCAUGAAAGUUUUCUUAAAAAAAGAGCAAAAGGUCAAAUUUCUAUUCAUGCAACUUAUUCUUCAAUUUAAGAUAAUCAACCUUAAUUUUCAUGGUUUAGUUUGCUUUUACUGCUCAUGACUUCAGUUUUCAGCCUGUUCUAUAAAAUGUGUAAAACUCCUCACAGAAGCUUUAAUAUGUACGUGCUUCAUCGUUGCAACAACACAGGAAACAAGAUGUCCUGCUCUGCUCUCAGUGUGAUAUAUCUUUAUCUGAAUCACGUUUUGAGUGAAUUUGUUUAGAUUUUCUGCAGGUUGUAGAAGAGUAAUAUUUUCAUAAGAAAGCAUCUCACAUGAGAUUGAUUUCCUGGCAGAUAAAACUUCAGAAAUUUAUUAUGGAUAUCGAACAGAAAGUGAUUUUAAUCAGAGAACAAAAUGACAGAGAAUAUCGCACUGGGGAAAUAUCUAGGCAAUAGGUCAGCCUGUUUUUGUUGCCCUCAGUUUAUUGAGGUGUAACAUUUUCUCAUGCAGAUGUUUUGGCUUGGAAAUUGUCAUAAAACUCCCACACAUGUCCUCAGACACAUUUCCUUCAUGCCGCCUCUCAUCCCCCGCAUAUGUUUCUGAUUUCUAUGCACUUUUUUUGGACUUUCUCCGGUGCCCCCGAGUGCCGAACGAGCAUCAGACAUCUUGUUUUGAUUUUCCAAGACAUGUUAUAAGGCGGGAAUGUUCUUUUCUUGAUUUAUUUCUUUCUAAAAACUUCCCAGUUUCUCUUUUUCAUGCAAUCAGAGGGCAUGGGACAAGACACAGAGGUUUCAUUAAUUACCCAUGGGCUUUUGUCAUUGUUUAAGACUUUCACACUCAUCAGGGUUCCACCAAUGAGAGAGGGGGCUUUUUAUACGCCCCGACCCCCCCAACCCCCCUGGCUCACACACAGGAGAUGUGUCUAAGAUUGUCACAGUGGACUUGGUUACAAAGAGCACCAGUGGCCUUUUGGAGGGCGUUUUAGGCCACACCGAGGCAUCACUUACCGUGUGUGUUGAAGGAUCUUGGAUGUAGAAAUAAAAAAAAAAAAUCUAUUUAUUUAUUUUAUUAUAAGAAAUUAUGUAUUUUUUCAAACAUGAACAAACAGAGGACACAAAAGCUCUGAAAAUAAAUUGGAUGAAAACGUUAUUACAUCCUCUGACACUUUUCUAAAUACAUAUUUGUAUCACUUGUUGCUACUUUACUCUGGUAUUUUUAUGAAUAUCUAUUUGAAUUUGACCGUAUUGACUUUUAUCCUUUUUUAAAAUGACUUAUUGCUCAUACGACUACUUUACAAAUUGUUUUAAUAGUGUAGAGAAACUACAGAGCAGUCUAUUAUACACAGUAUAAAAUGACUACUUAUGGUGAUUUAUAUUCCACUGUCAUGACUUAGUGUAAAGGUCAUGACAACUCAAUGAUUAUUUUUGAAAAUCUGUUUGAAAUCUGAAUUUGAUUAAAAAGGAGAUGCCUCUAAAUAAAGUUUGAGUAAAUAUAAAUGAACAUAUAUAAAAAAGAUUUUACCAUACAAAGUUGGUAACCUAAAACAAUAGAUGGUGCUGAAGGUCACAUUCUGGUUCAGCCAUUCAGUAAAAGGAAAUACUCUUACAAAACAACUUCAUUGUAUAAAGUGAGUCAACUUAGAGGUAAGUUAAAGUCAAAGUGGCUGAUAUUUGAUUUUUUUUUCCUUCUCAAAUCUCAGAUUAAGUCUAAUAAAAUGAAGUUCUGGAUUAAGUUGUAGUUCAAAUGUCAUUUUUUACCCUUUUACAAAAAAGUUUUCAACACUUUCAAUCACAUAUGAGAAUUAAAAUCAAUACUUCACCUCUCAAUUCAAAACCUGCUUUAUUUUUUGUUUCCUACUUUUGUAAUAAUAGAAUAAAAAGUCCAGUUUCAGAAACGUUUCAAUACAAGUCCUUGCAUGUACAUGCGGUUUAGCUCAGGUUUGUCACGGAGCCAAUGAAUUGUUUUUUUUUUUUCUGCCUUAUUUCCUCCUGCUUUCUUCUUUAAUAAAACUGUAAAGUAUUCUGACAUACCUGUACUUUAAUAAAUCUAACAGCCUAGAUGAUAGUUUUUAAUCAACCGUAAUUGUACCCUUUAAUCCAGAUUUAUUCAGAGUCCUUGCUGCCCUGCAGAGUUUCAGCCUCUCGGUGUGAAGAAGAU